GCUUUCUCCUCUCCCUAACAGUGGCACUCCAUUGAUUUGCCGACCUUGCCUGAAUUUUUGGAGGAAUGCAUAAUCAGGAGGACAUCGGUAACCUUCCGAUUGAUAUCGCCUUUGCUCGUCUAGGAGAAUGGUUGGUCGACCGAAAGAAGAUUCCGGCUGACUGGAGGAAACGGCUGGUAGCUUUGAGAGCAAAAAUUAUGACGGCAUUUGCUUCCACACCCAAGGACUUAGAUCCUUCCUUUCAUACUCUCGAAUCUGAAGGGAUUGGUUAUUUAGAAGCCAAAUACAUAUAUGAGGUUCUUCAGAAUUCAUCCCCCGAAAGCCGCAAUAUCUUUGGCCAGCUUUCAGGUGCUGCUGGUGUUUGGGAAGCAAUUCUACGUGCGUAUGAGAAAGAACACAUUUUCCUUGGUGAGGCUGCUCAGAUAAUGGUUCAAAAUGUUAAUUAUGAAAUUCCCUACCACAAGAAACAGAUUCAUAAAGCUCAACAUCAACUAUCUGAGUUGGAGCGCAAGGAAGCUGAUAUAAAAAGACAUGCAACUCUUUCAGCUGCAAAAUUUAUUGAAGCUUGCCAGGAGCUAGGGUUACAGGGAGUAAAUGUCAGGUCAGAGUUGCUAGAGACCGCCACAAAUACACUUCCAACAAUUUUCAGCAGAAUUCUGGAAGUUCUGAAUGGCUAUUCUUUGUCCCAGGCUCUCGAAUAUUAUUCAAACUUUGUUAAAGAAGCUCACAUGGAAAAGAAUAAAAUAGUGUUACAAAAUUUGAGAGGGGCUCGAGAGAAGUCACCGUCCCUUGAUGUAUUUGUGAGUUCAGAGUUUCUUGAUUCUGAAAUUGUGCUAACCAGUCAGUAUGUGGAGAGUCACGCUAUCAUUGAAGCAGACAGCACCCCCGAUGGCAUUGAUUGGGAUAUCACCUUGGACAGCUCCCAAAUUGUUUGGGACAUUGGAACUGUUGUAGAAGAAAUAGAGGAAAAUGGUAAUGGAUUGGGUCCUUAUGAGAUUGUGAAUGCCAGUGAAACAGUGGAGUCACAUCUUGAGAACCAAGUUGAAACCUCGGCUCUUGAGGCGUCUGUAUCAGAAAUAUCGUGGGAUAUAAGUGUGGACAAUCCCGAAGUCGACGUGGUUGAAGAAAUUGGCUUGUUGAAUACCUUGCCCAGUGCCAGUACUUCAACUGAAGCCUACGCCUCUUGUAGGGAAAGGAGUCCGCUUCUGGAGACUGAAUAUAGGAAUGGAAUUCUUGAUGAUUUAUUUGAGGUAAAAGCAUUCCUGAAACAACGAUUGAUGGAGUUAACGAAUGAAGAAACUUUAUCACUGCAACAUCAAGUACAGGCAGUUGCUCCUUUUGUUCUGCAACAGCAUACUUCUGACUCAAUUCAAAUGAUGCUGUCUGAUAUUUCUUCAGCUAUUUCUUUGCUGACCAACAGGAAAACUCGAGACUUGAUAAUGUUCCUCAACUCCAAAAGGUAUCUGGAACGCAUGGUAAAUACAUUGGAGGAAAAGAAACGUCAUGAAAUUAAACUGAAAGAUGGAUUGAAGGACCUGGCUUCUAAGCACAUGGAACUGCAGAAUUCUUUGUCUUCAUCCUGGCCAAAACAAGAAGCAGUUGUCGUGAGAAGCAGGAAGUUGAAAGAGCUUUGCGAGAAGACGAUUUCAUCCAUGUUUGAUGGGCGACCUGUGAAUAUAAUAGGAGAGAUUAAUACGUUGCUGACAACUAGUAGUUCAAGUGUGUGAUUCCCCCAUGCACUGGCCAAACUCUUCAUAUACUCUGUAUUUUGUUUCAAAUGUCUGUGACAAACUAAGAUGCUAGAAACUGAAAAAAGAAUAACAACCGCAUUAUAUAUAGAUUCUUUGACAAUUCCGUUACUACGGAGUAUAUCGUAUCCGGACUGGAAUUCGGC